GGGGGCCUUCCGGAUGCAGCGCCCACCAAGGUGAUGGAGAUGGCACCCACCAUAGCCAGUGUGCUCAAUCUGGGAUUCCAUGGCUACGAGGACGACAAUGGAGUGAGGCCAGUCGCAAAACAGGCGCGUGCAGCUGCUGCUUUGAAGGAGGUGGAGUUCGGACUAGCAACACUGGCGGCAAGGUUGAUGCUCGGAAAGGACCACUUGAGGCAAAACAAAGGGAGAGUGAAGCGGCACUAUAGUCAGAAUGGAAUGGCAAAUCAAACCCUGAAGGAAUACUUCAAUGCACAAGUUUCACAUGACAAUGAUGUUGCAGACAUGAUCAGCUGGCUUUACUCCAUUUCGCACGGCGUGUCUUUCUCUGACUUGCAAGGCGAGGAUAAUGGAUUCCGUAGUCAACCUAAGAACUGGCAAGAACUGGUACAACUUGUUGUAAGAGCUGUUGUCGUUCCGGGGCUGAUAGCUGUGCUAGAUGAACAACCUCCUGUAGUGGAGAUGCAGCCAGAUUCAAGGACACAAGGAGAGAAUGAAGGUUCUCCCAGCUUCGCAAUCGCCAUAGCAUCUCCACUCACUUUGAUGGAAGCAGUCCUGGGAAGGGUGCUAGCAAUUGGCAUUGCUUUCUCUGCUGUCUUAGCACAUGAUGAUGUUGCACGAGUCGCUGCUUGCAGAUCUGAAUCGCCUUCAACUCUGCUCCGUACUUUUUUCCAUACUUUCUUGGAGAGUUUUGGUACUGUAUAUCGUAGUGCGAGUUCGAGCAUGCCAAUACCAGCCCGGGUACCAGGCAGUCAUGAAGCGGAAACAACAGGCUGGCCAAAUAACAGUCACAGCAACAACAGCCCUAGUAUGGAGGAAACCAGCACUGAAUUUCGUGCUAGAGUUCCGCCGACAACCGGCUUGCAAGCGGGGUCUUCGUGGACCAAGAACAGUUACCAUAGCAUUCAGCCAGAAAACAUGCCUCCAGUAUCUGUGCCUGCAGAAGGCAAGACCAUCACAGGAGAUGUGAAUGAUGUUUGGCGGGCUGCACCAGUGGAGGUAGCACAGCUGAUGUCGGGCAUGAUUGAAGGUGAACAGAGGAAUAGUUUGCCCAAUCGAGGGGAGACGAACAGUCUGCAUCGGAGAGAUGGAUUAAUCAGCCCGGAGGACACAAGUCCAGAAAGCUCUUCGAGGGAGGGGGGUGGAGAAGAAACAAGUGGUAUUGAUUCUUAUUUGCCUGGAGAUAAGGAGAAUACUGGAGGUGGUGUCCACGGUGAGGAUGUAGCUUCAAUAUCAGCGUCAAGUUUCAUUGCAAGUCUGUUCCAAAGAAUGAAGCUCGGGAGGGUGGAAACUAUCUGUUUCAGCACAUCUUGGAAAUGCGCAGGAUUUGAAGCGGCUUUUCGACAAGCAGCAGAUUCGCUUUUGUACGAGAUAUUUGGUUUGAAGCUUUCUAUGGAGAAUGACAAUGAAGAAUCGGAGAAAGCCCCAAGACUAACUAAGUGUGAUCGUGCACCUAACGAUGUUGAAAUACGAGUAUGGUCUCCAAGGGCACAUAAAUUGAAAGGCGCUAUCCUCCCGGCCGGUUGUGUCCAUUCCAGCGCCUUACUGUUGAGAACAGCGGAGGCUGUUGCGGAGGCAAACAAUGUAUCAGGGUCUCCAUGGCCGCGAGAUGUCAAAUGCAGUGCACAGAGAACGGCGGUGAUCAGGAACACGAUUGGCAAAGAGUUGAGGGCGAAUUAUAGAUCAUGGACAAAAGCGCAGGAGUGGGUGGUGCUGGCGGAUGUGAAGGCUCAGCAGCAGCUGCAUCAACAGAACCUGUGGCAAUUGCAGCAGACAAGAAACAGGCUGCUGAUGAUAAUGAGGGAGCGCGAGCAGCUCUUGUUAGAGUACAGACCUCUCAUACAGAACCAACAACUGUCUGCAGACCGCCGGGAGGGCCUUAGACGGAUCUGCCAGGAGGCGAUGGAGAGCUUGGCGCACCAGCAUGAGUACCACGUCCGGCUGCAGCAAGAGGAAGAGCAGCUAAUCUUACAGCAGAGAGAACACGAGGAGAUCACACAGCAUCAGGCUCUGGAACAAAGACUGCAAGACAGAUUGAUGCAGUUUCAGAACCUGAAUCAGGCAGGUCAUCGAAGGAAGCUCAACUCGUUGCGAAAGGUCACUAGCGCGUUGCCUUUCAUUAGAAUACAGGUGAGUGUGUUGGUUAUGCACACAUAAAAACUUAAAAAGAACAAAUGGAAAGAUGCCAA